AUGAUGUCUGACAAGAUAUCAACAAUUUUGGCGACAAUUGCUACAGUAUGCUGGUGUAUUCAAUUGAUUCCACAAAUAUAUUCCAAUUGGAGACGAAAAGAUUGUACUGGAUUUCCACCCAUUAUGAUGUACCUUUGGGUACUUUCGGGGAUUCCUUUCGGCAUCUAUUUCUGCAUUAUAAGGGCAAAUAUCGUUUUACAAAUACAGCCACAUGUAUUUAUGUUUUUCUGUUUCAUUAGCUUUAUCCAGGCAUGCUACUAUCCACCAGUAGAGUAUAAUAAAAAAACUAUAAUCUUAGUUUUGAGUGGCACUAUAGUUCUGGAUUUAUCCUUGGAGCUGCCAUGCAUAUUAACUUUAAGACCACUAUAUGAUAGAGGAAUUAAAUGGCCAGCUUUAAUUUUCGGCAUCAGUGCUGUCAUUUUACUUAUCGUUGGAUUUUUACCCGUAUACAUAGAUCUUUUGAAAAGGAAAGGACGAGUUGUAGGAAUUAAUUUUGUAUUCCUCUUCAUUGAUUCUUUAGGAGCAUGGCUUUCUAUCAUCAGUGUAAUAUUUGGAAAGUUCGACACUUUAGGAAUUAUUCUUUAUUCAUGCGUUGCUGUUAUGGAAGUUGGGAUUGCUGUUUCUCAUCUAAUAUGGUAUUUAAGAUAUAGAUUCAAUAAAGAUACUGAAGACAAUGAGGAAUUGGAAAUGCAAUGUUCAUCAAUAAAUGAAAAAGUUUCAUAUAUUGAUGAACAGAAAAAGUAA